UUAUACAUAAUAAUAAGUAACGAUAAAUGCAAACUUACCUUUAGCAUGUAGCAAAGCUUCAUCUAUAUGAGGCGGCGGCCGGAUAGCUGGAUUUGACUUGAACGUAACUUGUUUUAGAGAAUAUUCUUAUUUAUGGAAACCAAAAAUGUCGUCCACAUCCAGCCAGGCAAGUCAAGCUAGCCAGGUGGCGCUUGAAAAUCGUUAUGCCUUACCUCCACAAGCAGUGGACAAUAAAAUUGUCAUGCAUAUGGAUAUACGCGAGCCAUUGAGAACUUUGCAGAAACUUUUGGAAAAGGAACUAAACAUAAGCCUUCGUGGUUAUGAAUUUUGGCUCCAAUACGUUCAACAACUUGAACCUCACGAAAAUUUAGUGGACCAAUGUGUAAAACAUGAAGGCUUGGUUAAAAUUAAUGUGGAAAUCAAAUACAUAGUUAAACGAAUCAAUAUUUUGGAUGUCCUAAAACCCACUGAAGAUGCUUUGGCGGCUUUGAACAUACAGGAAACUUGUGAAACAAAUUUAAGUUCGGACGAUAAACAAAGUAGGUGUAAUGAAAAUACGGAAGAUAGCGAAGAAGGCAAAGAAGCUCCAGCCAAGAAAUUUAAAGGCGAUCAUGCCAUCGCAUCAACUUCAUCGAAGGAGAAACCUUGUCUUAAUUGGGUAUUGGAUAACAAGUUUCGCAAAAAGCAGGCACGUCUUAAUAUUCCCAAAAAUCCCUUUGAGUGGACGGUAGCUCAUGUGAAACAUUGGUUUGAAUGGGCCAUUAAGCAAUUCGAAUUGACUAACUUUAAUAUGAACGAAUGGUCAAUAACGGGUCGUCAACUUUGCACACUCACUCAUGAAGAGUUUCAUAAGAAAUUGCCUAAAGAUCCUGGCAAUGUAUUUUGGACUCAUACGCAGUUGCUAAAAGAAUGUAAGUGUGUGGCUGUUCCACAUAAAGCUGCUAAAAGUGGAUUAAUGGAAAAUAACGCAGAAUUAAAUAAAAACACACCAGCCUUGUCUGCCAUGCCACGAAAGCAAAAGAUAAUGCGAAAAAGUUUCCAUAAUACUAAUUAAAGAAAGUAAGUCGUGAUGGUCAAGUUGUUUAGGAAAUUUCUUAAAUAUCCAAUUGGUUAACCCUUCUUUUAGAUGAAGUGACUUUAGGCUCAGAUGUUACUCAUAGUAAAUAUGGC